CCCCAGCAUAAAAGUCGAGUCGGUCGUCGAAAUCGCCACGAAAAGGACGCAAAGGAGCGAACAAAAGACCCCAAAGUCCUUAAAGCUGCGCUUGUAACGUUUAGUUCUUCCAACAAAGUGCAUCGAAGUCAGUAUCAGCGCACACGAGCCAAGAUCAAGACGCUUAAGUCCAAUCGCGUGUCAAUUGUCCGCGUGCUGCGCUCCCGAACUAAUCAUCGACGUGCACUUAUAAAAGCACGUCCGAAUUUUGAAAAAAUGGAGUGAUUUCGCGAGUGGCAGUGGCCAAUGUGGCACCUCAAAGGGACCAACUUCUGGUGCUUUUGCCACCUGCUCGUGGUGGCAGUCUUGGGCGAAGAGAUCAGGGACUUUAUUGCCCACAACUCUUUGCCAGAUGGGGAAGUUGAGACCAGGAUUUUUUACAAGGGACUCAGCGCAAAGGAAAUCACAGUCGGACGAAGGUCCCUUAGUGACAUCAAAUUCCGCCAGUUAGCAGACCGGCGCCACCUCCUCCAACUGAUCUACAACGGUGAGGAUUUGAAAGACUGCGAAAUCGUCCAUCAAAGAGACCAAGUACUAAAGUUCCUAGAAACCUUUAAACACGAUUUAAGAAAUCUCAUCUCUACCUCAAACAUCACAAUCGAAUCCUUAGAUAAUAAAAAACUACCCACAGAAAUCACUUGGUUCAACUUCACCCUUUUGGCAAACACCUGUAAGCAGUUGCACCACCGGAUGAAGCAGGAAGUAUUACAACUAAAAAAUCACCACCAACAAGUUGAGAGGGGAAGGAAAAAACGGGCCUUUUUCAUCGCUCCGGGUACGUUAUGGUGUGGCGAUUCUGACAAUGCUGAAAGGUAUAGUCAGUUGGGGCCCUUUUUCUAUAUUGAUAAGUGUUGUCGAAGACAUGACCAUUGCAAAAGAAACAUUCCGGCUUUUACUACGAAAUACCACCUUCAUAACUACUCGCCUUUUACACUCUCGCACUGCCGCUGUGACGCAAGCACAAAUCGAUUAUUUUCCGUGGAAAAACUUCCCUUGGAGCACGAAAGCCGGACACAACACGCCGUUGUGCGUUUUUUUGAGUUGCUUGAAUUCCUUAGACACAAACGCGACGUUUCCGAUUUAUUGAGAGUUCCUGGGACGAAAUGGUGCGGGAAAGGAUAUUCCGCUGAUAAGUACACCCGUCUUGGGGGCUUCUCCCGGACGGAUAAGUGCUGUCGCCGGCACGACCUCUCCUGCAGGUUCUGGAUCGGGGCCUUCGAGACCAAAUACGGGCUGUUCAAUUGGAGGAUUAACACCAUCAUGCAUUGUAGCUGCGACGAACGUUUUCGGGCCUGCUUGAAGAUGGUGGACUCGAGCGACGCUAAUCUGGUCGGAAAGUUGUUCUUUAACGUCGUCCAAACCAAGUGUUUUGUCAUUAAGCCGAGGAAGAUUUGCGUCAAAAGCACCUGGUGGGGGCAGUGCGACAAGUACAAGCACGUGAAGCAGGCCAUCUUGAGGGACAAUCUGCCGUAUUAGUGAUUUUGUGAUUGUAAAAUUUAUUUUUGUACAUAGGUUUAUGUGCCAAAUUAGGCUAGUUCUGUGGUAAUUCUACUUAAGACAAUAUUAGGGCCAUUGUCUCUGCGUACUAAGCUGUCGUGUAAAGCUAUAAGCAAUAUUGUAAUUUAUUUGAAUGUGGACGUGUACCGAGCAAUAACUUGAAUAAAUCGUUGUUAAUUUUAA